AUGGCGUCUGACAGGAAGGUGCUACAGAGGGUAUUGCUAAGCAGCAUCAUAUGUGAAGGCUCUGAUUCUCAACUACUAUGUGAUCGGGGUGAGAUCCAUAUUCAGCGUGCCAACUAUGGUCGUCGUCAACACGAUGUGUGUUCCAUUGGGCGCCCACAUAAACAACUCAAAAACACCAACUGCCUCAGCCCAUCCACCACAAGCACUGUGGCAGAAAGGUGUGACGGAGAGCGCCAGUGUAUCGUCAAGGUAUCCAACUCCGUGUUCGGUGACCCCUGUGUCGGAACCUAUAAGUACUUGGAUGUGGCUUACACCUGUUACUGAAUGAUAUCUUCCUGGGGAACCUGAAGAUGUACAAGGCUUCUGGGAUAUCUUCAUCAGGUUGUGCUGUUUUCUGCCAAAUUAACUUCAAUGACCUUGUAAACCUGUGUAUUUUGUGUAAACAUUUCUUAAACAAUUUCUGAACUGUGGUUGUUUGUGUGAAUUAAAUGAAGCGGCUGAAGAAAAGA